AUGGCUCAACAGCAAUCGCCGCCACAGACGUCGAGAGUGGCGACGGUAGCCGUAAGUAAUGGCCUGACAGCAGCAGUCAACGUGCCUGCAACUGUGGUGGUGCCUGCUCAAAACUCCACUCUGGCCACUUCAACGGUCGGAGGAACAGCGGCAAUGCUGGCCCGGAUGAACAAUAAUAACACCAAUUUCGGUCAAUACUACCUUCGAUUCCUGCGACAUCAUUCCACUCGUGCGAGUCCUGUUACGGUACAAUGGCUCUUACAGAACUAUGAGACAGCAGAGGGAGUAAGUCUGCCUCGGAGCGCUCUCUACUCACACUACCUCAACCAUUGUCUGGACUACUGGUUGGAACCUAUGAAUCCCGCCUCUUUUGGCAAACUCAUUCGUUCCGUCUUUGUUGUGUGUUAUCAAGUUCGUUGUUUACAUCUCUUCACCAAACGCCCCAGGCUUCAAAAGUACUCGGACUACUCAUCCGGUUCAUUAGGCGGAAAACCAGAGCCACCCAUUACAGCUUCCAAUGUCUACACUUGCUACUCCAAAUUUCGUUCCAUUCGAGCCAAUGCUACAGUUGGAACAACAGCUGCAACGACCAUGCCAGCUGGCUUUCCCAGACCAGUUGCAGUGGCAACCACUGCAGCCAAUUGCAUCAAACCGGAGAUCCCUGGGCCAAGUACAUCAAUAAGCACCUAUCGAACAUUGACAGCUCGUUUAACACCCACCGAUCUCCCCACGAUGGUGAAACCGAAACUAACCAGCGUGUUCUACAAGGAUGAUGUCUCAACUAGUAAUUCCGAAUUGUAUUCAUGUUGUUUUUUUUUAAUCUCCCUUACAGCAACGAAACCGGAGGCCUCGGAGACUAACUCCUCACUAUGGAGGCCGUGGGAGACGAGCGGUGGCAGUGGAGUAGGUGCGCAGCGGACCGUCUCACCUUGUGUCUAUGACUGGCAGACUUGUGAUAAACUCUCGGCCGAUACAGAUCUUCCUUCUGGUGGAUUGGAGAGUGGUCCUCUAACCAGUCUCACCGACCAGAGCGGUGACAAUGAAGAUCGACUUUAUUUUGGUUCUGGUAGCGAUCAAAAUUUCACAUUUCCGCGGCUGACCGACCUCUGCCAUUUAGUAGGGAUUGAUUUGAGUCCAACCUCGAGUGAGUUACUACUACUUUUUAUUUAUCUCUUUUUGCAUUUGACACUGGGCAGUCAAUGGCUAAGAAACCUACGCUUCCCUUCAGCAUCCUUCCCAAUAGAUCUUUCAGUUGAUUCCUCAAGCAGUGAUCCCAACCGAAUUGGUAAGGAAAUCACAGAGAGAGAAGCGAUUUUACAAUUCGUCAAACUCUACGAGCAGCACUGUGCUGAGGUCUACGAGGCCAUUAUUACACCACAAUUGGAGAAACUGCGCAACAUUUGGCAGCGCUUCUGGAGUCCUAGUGAUACUCUUUCUCGGGAUCUAGGUCAAAGAGAGGCGAUUGGAAAUAGCAGUGGCUGUGAGGCUCGGCUCAAUAAAAUGCAACUUGCUCUCAUCAAUAGCCGAAAAUCCCUUUGUCAAUUUGUGGAGGUGGCGGAUAGAGCACUGUACCAGACCCUUCUGGAGAUUAUUAUUGGUGAUAGUCUCAAAUCAAUGCCACCAUCUCUGCUUCAUACUGUGAGGAUAAUGGUUAAACGAGUCCAACAUUGUCUGCGUUCAGCCAUUCGCCAUCUAAGUCCAACAUUGAUCAACUGUAAGCUCACCGCCAUCAGCGGUUUCAUCAAAGGCCUACGCCGGGUCAUUGGCCUAGCUCACCUGAGUCGUGCAGUGGCCCAUGUCCUGAAUACACCUGAGCGUCUUGAGCAAAUGCGCGCGGACAUCUGCAAGCUUGACCUUGAGAGCAUUGAGGCACAGGGCUCAUGGGCUAGUGACUGCUUGCCCUCUUGGACUCUCUUUACUGAGCACAGUCUUCUAGCCAAUUUUACUGCUCCAAGCAUCGACACCUCUCUUGCCUUCUGUCGUGAUGACUAUACCACCUCUUCUGUUCACCUGCGCUGCCGCAAAUCCGCAUCUCCUGGGGUUGUAAGCGCUGCCGCAACCUGCAUAGGUGAUACAAUGCAUUCGGAUGGAGUUUUUGAGACUGCUGGAUGCCCCUUCACAAUGGUGCAAUUACACACAGAGCUACAACACCUGCUUGCUGCAAACGCGCCACUCACCUGCUGGGUGGCCUGGCUCGAUCGCGUGGUGUUGCGGGGACUGGCGGGGCGGGUGUCGGGACCCAAGCGGGCCAAUGCUGCAAGGCAGUUGAUGCUGGUAUGGAACUAUUAUAGUUCUUUACUGAUACGGGAACUGACACUUCGCUCAGCACUCAGUUUUGGUAGUUGUUACCUCCUACGAAUGCUCUGCGACGAGUACCUCAGUUUUCGGUUGGAACAAGUGGCCGCAUCACCUUUACUAACGAUCUUUUCACGCUGGAACACCUCGACGCCACACGCACCGGAGGGGUGCGUCUGUUUUGAUGCUGCCCAUCCCAAUACGCCCGCUUCCACAACAACCGCAGCGGCAGCAACGACGCCGACGACAGUGAUGGUGGUUAAUGAGGAAGGAGAUGCUGCUGCGACUCUCCUCACCACUUUCAAUAGUAUGGAUGAGGAACGUGAGCCCAUGUCCGACAUAGGCGCCAAUGGGAACCGAGAUAUUGACAAUGGGUCUCCAUGGGAGCAAUCUGCCUCAAAUGCAAUCUAUGGCUUCUUCGACAAUGCGCAGACAGUAGCGGACUCUCUGAUGCUUGCACCAUCUACUGGUUUGGGAGCUGAACUUUGGUCAGCCGUUCCCUUCGGUAGCGGUGAUAUGCUUCAGUCUUCAGCAUUCUCUGCCAUCACUGGUCCUCCCUUUGCGGAGGAGUUGAUAGCUGCCACCAACAUCCCCUCCACUACAGCUUCAACUGCCUUCACUUCCCCACCCCCGUCAUCCCUAUCCUCUAUCUCGCCACAAAUGAGCAUGAUUCCAGUCUUCCCAGACCAAUUCCUCUCCACAUCACCGCCAUCGCCGUCUAUUCAAGCACAGCAGUCCAUGAGGCGAACGGAGGCAGAAAGCAAGAAGGCAAAUUCGAUGCGAUCUGGGUAUGAAAAGGAAUCAGGUGAUUUUGGUGCAACAGCAGCUGGAGCUCCCCAGAAGGUAGAUCUUAAACCAUUAUUUAUUUAUCGCAUUUGA